AUGGACUACAGUUCCUUCAACUUGGAAAGAUGCCGUCUACUUGCUGGAAGUGAGGAAGCAUGCUCUAAGAGUAAUGGAGUUGCUUAUUUUAUGAAUAGGGAUCAGCGUGUCCAAGACAAUUGGGCAUUUAUAUACUCUCAAGAACUUGCACUUAAGCACAAUUUGCCUCUUUACGUACUAGCUGGCUUGAAUAUCAACCAUCCAGAGAGUCCUGAAGCCACUCGUAGAACAGUUGAAUUCUCUCUUGGAGGGCUGCAAGAAGUUGCAAAAGAAUGCUCUCAACUUGGAAUUGAAUUCUAUUUCCUGAAAGAUCACCAUGUGCCAAUAAAUAACCGUAUUCUCAAGUUUAUGCAAGAAACGUCUGUCCAUUGCAUUGUUACUGAUUUCAGCCCUUUGCACCCUCAAAGAAACCAGAUUAAAGAAUUGAGUGACAAGAUUGGUAACGACAGUUGUCUGUUUCAAGUUGAUGCCCAUAGUGUUGUUCCCACAUGGGUGGCAUCUGAUAAAGAGGAGCUACAAGCUGUCCAGAUGAGGGAAAAGAUCAUGAAACGCUUUGAUGAAUUCUUUACAGAGUUUCCUGUCAUCAAAUCUCAUCCCAUAAAGGCAGCACAGGCUUCUCCUGUCAUUGAUUGGGAUCAAAUUAGAAGUUCUGUGUCUGUUGAUGAAUCAGUUCAGAGUUGUGAAUGGGCUCAACCUGGCUCACGUUAUGGUUUGCAAAGAUUACAGAAAUUUGUUACUGAAGGUUUGGAAAUCUACAGCGAGAAACGGAACAACCCUACUGCAGAUGCACUUUCUAAUCUGUCACCAUGGCUUCAUACUGGACAGGUUAGUGCCCAAAGAGCUGUUAUUGCCGUCAAGAAAUGCGAAGAUUUGUUUUCUGAAUCUGUUGCAAAAUUUGUUGAUGAAGCUAUUGUAUGGAGUGAAAUGUCAGACAACUAUUGCCUCUACAACAAAAACUAUGAUAACUUGAAUGGUGCUCCCAAAUGGGCUAUUGACAGUCUAAAUCAGCAUAGGGGUGAUAAAAGGGAGUAUCUCUAUUCUAGAGAGCAAUUUGAAAAAGCCCAAACACAUGAUGAUCUCUGGAAUGCUGCUCAAAUUCAGCUGAAAUUAGAAGGGAAGAUGCAUGGAUUCAUGAGGCUGUAUUGGGCUAAAAUGAUUCUAGAGUGGUCAAGUAGCGCAGAUAAGGCAAUAUCAACUGCUUUGUAUCUUAAUGAUCAUUACAGUUUGGAUGGAGCCGAUUCUAAUGGGUUUACUGGUGUCAUGUAUUCAAUAGCUGGAGUACACGAUCCUUAUGAUGCUAAAUGGGGCGAAAGACCAAUCUAUGGGAAAAUUAGAUACAUGUCAUAUGACAGUAUUACUGAAAGGUUUGAUAUCUCGGAUUACAUAAAGAAGUUUAAAGUACCAAACUAA